UUCCCUGACCAGGGAACAAACCUGGGGCCCUGGCAAUGAGAGCACUGACUCCUAACCACUGGACCACCAGGGAAUUCCCCAAAGACAAUUUUUUUAAGUUUCAGUGUUUUUAAGGGUGUAUAAUAAUGCAGAAAAGGGGUUCAGUGUAAUAUAGGCCCUAAUAAGAUUUCCACAAAUUCUGACUUACCUACUCUGCUAUCUUAUAUAAUAGCUCCUCUUAAAAAAAAAAUAGCACUUUUCUCAAUAGGAUUUUUCUAAGAAAGCCCUUUAGCAGAAAUCCCAGAAAGGACUGCUCUAGCAGUUGAAUCCUCCAGUGUUUUGGCAAAGUUUAUCUUUUAAUACUCUAUAUCAUUGUGACUAUAAAAGAAUAAUUUGGUGUUUUCAAAAUUGUUCCAUAUAAUUUUAAAUUAAAAAACAUAGGCAGCUUACUGAAGUCCCAUAGGCUGUCUCCAUUGGGUUUCUGUGGUUUAGGAGACCCCACCAGGCCAGUGCAUGCUGGUACGUCAUACUGAUGAGCAGCCAGCUAUCCAUGGCAAGAAUUGACCACCUCGUGGGAUCUAAAAUUUAAAGGGGGAAAACUGGCAGCCAGAGAGGCAGAUUCCAUUCCAUGACGUGAGAUUCCCACCACCUGUAGGUUAUAAUAAAGAUAUAAAUGAAAGCGAUGAAGUUGAGGUUUAUUCCAGAGCAAAUGAAAAAGAGCCUUGCUGUUGGUGGUUAGCUAAAGUGAGGAUGAUAAAGGGUGAGUUUUACGUGAUAGAAUAUGCAGCAUGUGAUGCUACAUACAAUGAAAUUGUCACAAUUGAACGUUUACGGUCGGUUAAUCCCAACAAACCUGCCACAAAAGAUACUUUUCAUAAAAUCAAACUGGAUGUGCCAGAAGACUUACGACAAAUGUGUGCCAAAGAAUCGGCACAUAAGGACUUUAAAAAGGCAGUUGGUGCCUUUUCUGUAACUUAUGAUCCAGAAAAUUAUCAGCUUGUCAUUUUGUCCAUCAAUGAAGUCACCUCAAAGCGAGCACACAUGCUGAUUGACAUGCACUUUCGGAGUCUGCGCACUAAGCUGUCUCUGAUACUGAGAAAUGAAGAAGCCAGUAAGCAGCUAGAGAGUUCAAGGCAACUUGCCUCAAGGUUUCAUGAACAGUUUAUCGUACGAGAAGAUCUGAUGGGUCUAGCUAUUGGUACUCAUGGUGCUAAUAUUCAGCAAGCUAGAAAGGUACCUGGGGUCACUGCCAUCGAUCUAGAUGAAGAUACCUGCACAUUUCAUAUUUAUGGGGAGGAUCAGGAUGCAGUAAAAAAGGCUCGAAGCUUUCUUGAGUUUGCUGAAGAUGUCAUACAAGUUCCAAGGAACUUAGUAGGCAAAGUAAUAGGAAAAAAUGGAAAACUGAUUCAGGAGAUUGUGGACAAGUCAGGAGUUGUGAGGGUGAGAAUUGAGGCUGAAAAUGAGAAAAAUGUUCCACAAGAAGAGGAAAUUAUGCCACCAAAUUCCCUACCUUCCAGUAACUCAAGGGUUGGACCUACUCCCUCUGAAGAAAAAAAACAUAUAGAUUUAAAGGAAAACAGCACACAUUUUUCUCAGCCUAACAGCACAAAAGUCCAGAGGGUGUUAGUGGUUUCAUCAAUUGUAGCAGGGGAAUCCCAGAAACCUGAACUCAAGGCUUGGCAGGGUAUGGUACCAUUUGUUUUUGUGGGAACAAAAGACAGCAUCGCUAAUGCCACUGUUCUUUUGGAUUAUCACCUGAACUAUUUAAAGGAAGUAGACCAGUUGCGUUUGGAGAGAUUACAAAUUGAUGAACAGUUGCGACAGAUUGGAGCUAGUUCUAGACCACCACCAAAUCGUACAGAUAAGGAAAAAGGCUAUGUGACUGAUGAUGGUCAAGGAAUGGGUCGAGGUAGUAGACCUUACAGAAAUAGGGGGCACGGCAGACGCGGUCCUGGAUAUACUUCAGGAACUAAUUCUGAAGCAUCAAAUGCUUCUGAAACAGAAUCUGACCACAGAGACGAACUCAGUGAUUGGUCAUUAGCUCCAACAGAGGAAGAGAGGGAGAACUUCCUGCGCAGAGGAGACGGGCGACGGCGUGGAGGUGGAGGAAGAGGACAGGGAGGAAGAGGACGUGGAGGCGGCUUCAAAGGAAACGAUGAUCACUCCCGAACAGAUAACCGUCCACGUAAUCCAAGAGAGGCUAAAGGAAGGACAGCAGAUGGAUCCCUCCAGAUCAGAGUUGACUGCAAUAAUGAAAGGAGUGUCCACACUAAAACAUUACAGAAUACCUCCAGUGAAGGGACUCGGCUGCGCACGGGUAAAGAUCGUAACCAGAAGAAGGAAAAGCCAGACAGCGUGGACGGUCAGCAACCGCUUGUGAAUGGAGUACCCUAAAUGGCAGAAUUCUGGAGUUAUAUUCCCUAUACCAUUUCCGUAAUUCUUAUUCCAUAUUAGAAACUUUGUUAGGCCAAAGACAAAUAGUAGGCAAGGUGGCACAGGGCAUGAAAUGAACACCAGUUCUGUUAAGAAUUUUAUUUUUUUUUCAUAUUGGCCAUAAGCAACAAUUUUCAAAUUUGCACAAAAAGAGAUCUGAAAAUUUUGAAACAUUACUUUUAAAUAAGUAUACUGAGCACUUCAGGACAUGAUUUUUGUUUGGUUUAUUUUUUAAAUACCAAGCAGUGGUAUUCUUUGUUACUUUGGACCGUUACCCUGCGUUGAGUGAUAACUCACUGGUACAUUUCAGUUUUUUUGAAUACGGUAGUCAUGUUAGACUAAGGUAAUCUGUUUUCAGUCUCAUACAGAAGUCCAAUGGCAUUUCAUGUCCUGUGUCAGUUUAUGUUUUGGUCCACUUUUCCAGUAUUUUAGUGGACCCUGAGAUGUGUGUGAUGUGACGUUUGUCAUUUUCAUUAGCAAAAAAAAUAAAAAAGUUGUAUGAUCUGUGCCUUUUUUAUAUCUUGGCAGGUAGGAAUAUUAUAUUUGGAUGCAGAGUUCAGGGAAGAUAAGUUGGAAACACUAAAUGUUAAAAGAUGUAGCAAACCCUGUCAAACAUUAGUACUUUAUAGAAGAAUGCAUGCUUUCCAUAUUUUUUUUUCUUACAUAAACAUCAGGUUAGGCAGUAUAAAGAAUAGGACUUGUUUUUGUUUUUGUUUUGUUGCACUGAAGUUUGACAAAUAGUGUUAUUGAGAGGGAUGUGUAAUUUUUCUAUAUAGACAGGAGAAGAAAUAACUGUCUUUUCAUUUGAGAGAGGCUAAAAUGUUUUCAGCUAGGAACAAAUCUUCCUGGUCGAAAGUUAGUAGGAUAUGCCUGCUCUUUGGCCUGAUGACCAGUUUUAACUUAGAGCUCUUUUUAUUUUGUCCUCCCCAAGUUUUGUGAAGUUUUUCAUAUUUUAAUUUCGAGCUUAUCUGGGGGAGAUAGGAAGGUCAUUUCCACGUGUGCAGAAUAAUCCUGUGAAGUACAGGUGCUUUGUCUGAGAAACAUUGGGAGCAGGUUCAGUGUUUUGUAAACUUUGAAAUAUUAGGUCUAAUGUAUAAGCAGAAUUGGAAAGCAGACUAGGAUUGGUUAACAAAGGAUGCUUUUUUCUUUAGUUUUUUUUCUUUAGUUUUUUGACGUGCUGGAUUUUGGUUUUGAGUCUUUUUUUUUUUUUUUUUUUUUUUUUUAGUUAGUGAAAUUUACUGAGGAGAAAUAUGUGAAGGACCUUCACUCUAAGAUGUUAUAUUUUUCUUAAAAAAUAACUCCAGGUAGGGGUACCACUGAAUCUGUACAGAGCCGUACAAACCGAAGUUCUGCCUCUGAUGUGUUUUGUGAGUUUGUUUUUGAAUUUUCAUUUUACGGUUACUUUUCCUUGCAUACAAAUAAGCAUAUAAAAAUGGCAACAAACUGCACAUGAUUUCAAGAAUAUUAAAAAGUCUUUUAAAAGUAUUGCCAAACAUUAAUGUUGAUUUCUAGUUAUUUAUUCUGGGAAUGUAUAGUAUUUGAAAACAGAAAUUGGUACCUUGCACACAUCAUCUGUAAGCUGUUUGGUUUAAAAUACUGUAGAUAAUUAACCAAGGUAGAAUGACCUUGUAAUGUAACUGCUCUUGGGCAAUAUUCUCUGUACAUAUUAGCGACAACAGAUUGGAUUUUAUGUUGACAUUUGUUUGGUUAUAGUGCAAUAUAUUUUGUAUGCAAGCAGUUUCAAUAAAGUUUGAUCUUCCUCUGCUAAAUUGACGUUGAUGCAAUCCUUACAAAUGAUUGCUUUUAAAAUUUUAAGAUAGGAAAAGAAGUCUAUAGAAAGCUUUCUGUUACAAAAUGUAACUUACCAUUGGAAAUUUCACGUCAUAGGAAGUUAGCGGUUAUCUACCAACUUUCAAGAACUUGCUCUUGUUUAAUAAGGUGAAAAAAAAAUCAACAAAAUGGUACAAAAGCACAUUGUGCCAUUACAAUAUGCACUAAGUCUCUUUUUUACAAAGGCUGAAUUCAGCAAGGCGCUAACUUGCUUAAAUGUGAAUUACUAACUUCUAAAACUGUAAUUUGAGUCACAUGUUUUCACAUGGAGUUGGAGUUGAUUCCUAUUACAAUAUUUGUGUGCUAAACGUGUAUGUUUUUCAGUUCAAAGUCAUGUUUUUAAAAUCUUAUUAAAGUUUCAAAAAUCUGAAGAUUGUUUAUCUAGAUGUAAAUUUUUAUUAAAAAGUUGCACUUAUGAAAAAGCAAAAAAUUAG